AUGGCCAAUCUUUCUGAUAUUGUCGAUCUCUCUGCCCCGUCUCUGGCCGUGUCUGCCGCGACGAUUGCCUUCAAUCCGAUCUUCUGGAAUAUUGUUGCUCGCGCUGAGUACAACAACCACAUCCUGACUCGCAUCUUCGGGGGACCCUACAGAGGAUGCUACUUCUUGGCUUUCACUAUCUUCGCUCUUGGAAUUUUCCGUGACCAUGUCUACCAACUCGCCCUGGCAGACCAGCCCUUCUAUGCUCCCGUGCAUCAGCCCAUCAUCGGCGGUGUUCUAUUCGCUUUGGGUUCCGUCCUCGUCUUGUCUAGCAUGUGGGCUCUUGGUGUGACCGGUACCUACCUCGGUGACUACUUCGGUAUUCUCAUGGACGCCCCGGUCACCGGUUUCCCGUUCAACGUGACCGGAUCGCCCAUGUACUGGGGAAGUACUCUGAACUUCCUCGGCGUUGCUCUAUACCGCGGCAAGGUUGCGGGAAUCCUCCUGACCGCUUUUGUCUUUGUGCUCUACUGGUUUGCCCUUAAGUGGGAGGACCCCUUCACUGCCGAGAUCUACGCCAAGCGCGAGCGCGAGCGCGCGAAGAAGCAGGGCGGCAAGAAGCUGUAA